AGUGCAAAUGGAGCUUAUGGAAAUCUAAAGUUUCCGUUAAAGACAAGAUAACUUGAAAAGGAACUUAAAGUACAUCUUAUUAAAAGCAGCCCUCUUGAUAGAGGCACAAGGAAGUGUUAAACGGAGUUGUUUCCGGUCCAAAUUUCCGGUCCUUGCCUUGUUGUGGUUGCGGAGGUGUGGGCAGGUCCCUGCAGAAACUCCCUGCGGGGGGAUAAAGCAUCGUAGUCGGGCUGAAGGCUGUCCGGACCCGGGCGGUAGCAGCAGCAGGUCCGCCGCUUGGAGCCGUCAAGAUGUCCGUCUCCGGAAUGAAGAAGCAGUUCCACAAAGCCAGCCAGCUUUUGAACGAGCGCCUGUUGGGAGCUGAGGGAACCAAACUGGAUGAAGAUUUCCUGAAGAUGGAGAAGACUGUCGCAGUGAUGAACGUUCUUCUGGGUGAGCUGAUGUCCAGAACCACAGAGCUACUCCAGCCAAACCCAGCCUACAGAGCUAAACUGAGCAUGCUCAGCACAGUGUCCAGGAUCCGAGGACAGGCGCGGACGGUGGGAUACCCGCAGACGGAGGGAAUGCUGGGAAAGUGCAUGUUGCUCCACGGCCAGGAGCUCGGACCGGGUUCUGAAUUUGGCGGCGCUCUGAUGGAUGUGGGCGGAGCUCUGCAGAAGAUCGGCCAGGCCAAAGACGUUCUGGACGUCAGCAUCAAGCAGACGUUCAUCGACCCUCUGCAGAGGCUGCAGCAGUCAGACAUGAAGCAGAUCAAGUACCAGCUAAAGAAGGUGAACGGCCAGCGGCUCGAUUUUGACUAUAAAAAGAGACGAAGAGGAAAAGUGUCAACGGAAAGUGUUCGGCUGGCGUGGGAUAAGUUUAUGACGUCCAAAGAGUUGGCAGAGAGGAGCAUGUUCAUCCUGCUGGACAGUGAUGUGGACCUGAUCGGCCCGCUGGCUGCUCUGGUCGCCGCUCUGCUCGACUUCCACCGCAACGCCCAACGCAUGCUGCUGGACCUGCAAAGUGACCUGCAGGCCAGGUUGACUGCUGCCAGUAACAAACCAGCUCGCCAGUUCAGAUCCGAGAAGAUUCGCGUCGGAGCCGACCCCAGCAGUACUGUCGGGUUUUACCACCAGCUGUCAGCUGCGGCUCCUCGGUCCUCAGGAGAAGAGAGCUCAGUGACAACAAGCAGCCCAGACAGCUUCAUCUCCAACUUUGCUGACUGUAAGCUGCUCCUGAAUCAGCCCUGUUGCCGGGCGAUUUACUCCUUCACGUCAAAACGCGACGACGAGCUGGACUUCAGCGAGGGAGAGGUCAUCAUCCUCACCGGCCAGGUUGACGGCGACUGGUACGAGGGUAUGCUGGGGGAGCGAUCCGGGCUUCUACCUGUCAGCUACGUGGAGGUGCUGGUGCCUCUGCCGUUACCGUGACAACGUCUCAUCAAACUCUGGAGCUGGACGUUGGGUCCAACUUCUGAUAAUAUGCAAGUUCUGACGCUUCUGUUUGCACUUUUCUAUAAGUGAAUCAGUUAUAAAGAGAAACAGGGUCGACGGGUGCCUUCAGGAGAAUCCUUCUCACUGCGUUUGUCUUCUUUUUUUCAUAAAUCGUAGUUUAUAAAAACACACACACACAAAAAAAACUUCACAGAGAGUCUGUUGAGUUCCCACUGAACCUGACUUAAUGCUCAGCAUUUGGUCUUCAGAGACGAAAUACUUCUACAAGUUCCAAGGUUUUAUCGCUUACACUGAAAACUCUCUUCUUCUUACCAAGUAUUGUUUGAUCUAGUUUCUAGUGCAAAUAUCCUAGUGCACUUGAAAUAAGACAAAACUAACCCACAAGUAACAUUUUACAAAGAUAUAGGAGCUUAUUUUAAGUAAAUGUUGAUGAAAGAGUACUAGUUCCACUGGCAGAUUAUUCAACUUAUAACAAAACAUUUUUAAUUGCAGAAAAAUGCAAGUGGAGCAAGUUCUUUUUCAUCUAUAUUAAGGAAUUACUGACUUAAAAGAAGCUCUUGUAUCUUGCUGAAAAGUUACUUACAAGUGUACUAAAAUUUUUGAGCUAGAAACUAGACAAAAACACUUGGUAAGUAUAGUUUGGCCUCCAGUGGGUCAAAAGUGGCCCAAAACAAAAAAAACCCAAAAAAAUCAAAAAAGUAUUUAGACAUUUAGAAACUAUGUGUGAAACACUUAGUUCACCACAGGAUCCAUCAGCUGGUAGAGCCACAUCCAGCAGGAAAAGCUUUCAGCCGGAUUUUCUUUUCACUUUCCUGUACUUCUUUGAAGGUCCCAUCACAACAUUUCAAUCAAGUUGAGGUCUGUGCUUUGACUAGGCCAGACCAACACAUGGAUGCUGUCUUAGAUUUGCUGCUGUGUUAGAAGUAAUUUCCAUGUUGAUGACCAAAUUUCGGCUGUUGGACAGGUGGCUUCACACACCUUUCCAUACGGAGGAGUUAAUGGUUGCCAUGGUAACUGCAAGGUGGUCAGAUCCUGGUCUUUAUGGUGAAUUCGGUGAGUUUUCCUCUUCUUAAAAGAUGGGCAGCUUUUUGUUUUGAUCAAUCUUUCUCCAUGUAGAAUGAUUGACUUUAAUCUGUAAAUAAUCUGUAGAUGACCUUGUAAUCCUUUCAUGGGCAGCAGCAGUUGUUUCUCUAAAAUCAUGCUGAUGUCUUUCUGUCUGGGUACUGUAUUAAAACACACCCAUGUGGUUCAUAGCAGAGAAACUGCCAACACUCCUUCUUUUAGUACUCCUUCUUUUGGUUACCGGUAAAUCAGUACAUCUGAUGGCUUUAUUUUUCCUUCUGAAAACUCAAAACAACAAGAGUGGGGCUCUUUCAAGGAGCGCUCCGGGAAAUCCUGAUAGAAUUAGACCAACAAUAAAGCCUAAAAGGAGGAAGCAGUUGGACAAAACCAACUAAAGAAUGGUUUGUAAGGUAAAUAAAUCAACUUAUGCUCUGAGGACAUUGAAUCACUGAAAAAUCCCAAUGAGCAUUGCAAACGUAACUCUUAUUGGUCGAUUUUGUCUUAUUUCCUCGUGUAUUUAUCAAAAAAAAAUCAAACAAACAAUGUUUAAUGAGCUCUGUUUUUCUUGUAUUUUUUCUCAAUUUUAUACUUGGACUCCAUUGUUAUCACAUUAUCUAGAUGAAUUACUAUGCUUUUUUUGUUUAAUUUGUGUGACUUCCAAUAAGGUGUUAUAAAGAUAAAAGGACACAUUACAAGAACAAUUCAUGAGGUUUAAAAUCAGUUGAGUUCUGAAGAGGCUAAAAUCAGGGAAAUAUGUGGUUUGAUUGAUUGUAAAGGAAACUAAAUCUCAGAUCUAUUCAAUCAUUAAAUUUUUAUAUGAACACUGAAUAAGCUACAAAUGAUCACUUAGAGCCAGAAACUGUAAAUCAUGCAAUAAUCCUGAGUAUAGUUGCUGAAAUGUUGGACUUUCCCUUUAAUAGAAAGCUACUGAAUGUAUGUUAGCUAAUAUAAUGAGCAGAAUAAGCAGUAUUGUUGUGGAUCUGUUUUGUAGAUUUAUUUUACACUAAAUAAAUGAGAUCACAAGAUGA